AUGAUUCCGGUGUCGCUGGUGGUGGUGGUGGUGGGCGGCUGGACCGCCGUCUACCUGACCGAUUUGGUGCUGAAGUCAUCUGUGUAUUUCAAGCAUUCUUACGAAGACUGGCUGGAAAACAACGGCCUGAGCAUCUCCCCUUUUCACAUCAGAUGGCAAACUGCUGUGUUCAAUCGUGCCUUUUACAGCUGGGGCCGGCGGAAAGCAAGAAUGCUUUACCAAUGGUUCAAUUUUGGAAUGGUGUUUGGCGUAAUUGCCAUGUUUAGCUCCUUUUUUCUCCUGGGGAAAACGCUGAUGCAGACUUUAGCACAAAUGAUGGCUGACUCUUCCACUUCUUAUUCUUCCUCCUCUUCUUCCUCUUCUUCUUCCUCCUCUUCUUCCUCUUCCUCCUCCUCUUCUUCCUCUUCCUCCUCCUCCUCACUUCACAACGAACAAGUGCUACAAGUUGUGGUUCCUGGUAUAAAUUUACCCGUCAACCAACUGACCUAUUUCUUCGCUGCAGUCCUCAUUAGCGGUGUCGUACAUGAAAUUGGACACGGGAUAGCAGCCAUUAGAGAACAAGUUCGAUUUAAUGGCUUUGGAAUUUUCCUCUUCAUUAUUUAUCCUGGAGCAUUUGUUGAUCUGUUUACCACUCAUUUGCAACUUAUAUCACCGGUCCAGCAGCUAAGGAUAUUUUGUGCAGGUAUCUGGCAUAAUUUCGUCCUUGCACUCUUGGGUAUUUUAGCUCUUGUCCUCCUCCCUGUGAUCCUCUUGCCGUUUUACUACACAGGAGUUGGGGUGCUUAUCACUGAAGUUGCGGAGGACUCACCUGCAGUUGGCCCCAGAGGUCUUUUUGUGGGAGACCUUGUCACCCAUCUCCAGGAUUGUCCCGUGACUAACGUACAGGAUUGGAAUGAAUGUCUAGACACCAUCGCCUAUGAGCCCCAGAUUGGUUACUGCAUAAGCGCGGCCACACUGCAGCAGCUAAGCUUCCCGGUCAGAGCAUACAAACGGCUAGAUGGUUCAAUCGAAUGCUGUAACAACCAAAGCCUCACCGAUGUGUGCUUUUCCUACAGAAAUAAUUUUAAUAAGCGCCUGCAUACAUGUCUACCUGCCCGGAAAGCAGUUGAAGCCACCCAAGUGUGUAGAACCAAUAAAGACUGUAAAAAAGGCUCAAGUUCAAGUUUCUGCAUAACCCCUUCUCUGGAAACUCACACCCGCUUAAUAAAAGUGAAGCACCCACCUCAAAUCGAUAUGUUGUACGUAGGACAUCCUUUGCACCUGCACUACACAGUGAGCAUCACCAGUUUUAUCCCACGUUUUAACUUUCUAAGCAUUGAUCUGCCUGUAGUCGUGGAGACAUUUGUCAAGUACCUGAUCUCGCUCUCAGGAGCUCUGGCUAUUGUCAAUGCAGUGCCCUGCUUUGCUCUGGACGGCCAGUGGAUUCUAAACUCUUUCCUGGAUGCCACUCUUACCUCAGUGAUCGGAGACAAUGAUGUGAAAGAUCUGAUAGGAUUUUUCAUCUUGCUUGGCGGCAGUGUCCUUUUGGCUGCCAAUGUGACUCUGGGACUCUGGAUGGUGACAGCGCGGUAA